AUGCCAAUUUACAGAGUUCCUGCAAGAAGCCCCUCUGAGGCACAAUGUAUUACCACUUUGCCGAAGACUGUUUUACAGAAUGCCCUCACCAACAGCAAAGAGUCUGGGCAGCAACUGAAAUCACAGUUGUCAGAAGAAGAAAAGCAUAGUCUACUUUCAUGUUCUCAGAGUAAGACUGAGGAACUAAAUAGGACCUACGUGAUUUCAGCCUGUAAAAGAGUGGAUGAUACACUGACUACAUUUAAACCGGAAGGCAGAUUAACACUCCAGAGGAGAACUGGAGCAAGCAAAAAAUCAAUGUUUAGUAGUGAGCAAUUGCAUACAAACACAACACAGGGCAUGGAAAAUAUACAAACAGAGAAAAGAUUUACUCUGCAGAGGCGUGUGAGGACUAGCUCUGUAGAGAAGAGUAAAAUUAAUCAGAAUACUGUGCCUGGAAUAGAAAAUAAUGACUCUGCUGCACAAGGAAAUUACGAGAUUGCACUUCCACAUAAUAUUGGUAAUAAUGAUACCCGUGAUGUUAAACCAAGCUUUAAGUUAGCUGAGGGUCAGUCAAGUACAAAGUUACAGUGUAACCUGAACAGCAAGAAUUCCUUUGGCUUUGUUGAUGGUCUGUGUGAAAAUGAUAGCUGCACACCUUUAAAAUACAAGGCAAACACUGCUGACACCAAAUUUCAAAAUGAAGUUCCUAAAUCAGAACAAUUAGUUACCUCAAAAUAUAUUAGUAGGCUAUCAGGAGAACAACUGAAUGAAAAAGGCAAUAAAAAUAAGCUAACUGGAAAGCAAAGGUUACCACACUUGAUAAAACAUAACAGUUUGGAAAGACCAAGGACACCAACAAAAGGUUCAACAGAAGAAUAUAAGCUUACACCAAAGAACAGCAAUUCUCAGGAUCAACCAUUUCUGUCCGCUUCACAUAAACAAACACCUCAUCUUCAAAUUUUAGCCCAAAAGAAAACUAGUGUCUCCAGCUCUCUUUCUGUGAGUAGAAGUUCAAAACCAAAAGAGAAUACAGAAGCGCUAGCUGAGAGCAAUAGCACUGAGAAAGAUGUUUUCAAAGUGGAAAACAGCAAAGUGAUUGUGGCUGUGCGUGUACGGCCUUUCAGUAACAGAGAGAAAAAUGAAAACUCACUCCCUGUAAUCUCCAUGAGUGGUUCAGAGACAACGGUACAAAAUCCAGCCACAAACCAAGUUUACAGCUUCAGUUAUGACUUCUCUUUCUGGUCUUUUGACAAGUAUCAUCCUAAUUUUGCAAGCCAAGCAAUGAUUUAUAAAACUUUGGCAGUGCCGCUCCUAGAAAGAGCUUUUGAGGGAUAUAACACUUGUCUUUUUGCUUAUGGGCAGACUGGUUCUGGAAAAUCAUACACGAUGAUGGGAUUUGAUGAAGACCAAGGAAUAAUUCCAAGACUUUGUGAAGAUCUCUUCACUCAAAUAACACAAAUGGACACGCAACAGAUUUUGUAUCAUCUUGAAAUGAGCUUUUUUGAAGUAUACAAUGAGAAAAUACAUGAUUUGCUUGUCUUUAAAGCUGAAAGUGGACAGAAGAAACAACCGCUUCGUGUAAGAGAACAUCCGGUGUUAGGACCAUAUGUGGAAGGCCUGACAGUGAAUGUUGUCAGUUCUUACUCUGAUAUCCAGAGUUGGCUUGAACUAGGAAAUAAGCAGAGAGCAACAGCUGCUACAGUAAUGAAUGACAAGAGCUCUAGAUCUCAUUCUGUCUUCACCCUUGUCAUGACGCAAACCAAGGUAGAAUUUGUGGAUGAAGAGCAAUGUGAUCGUAGGCUUACCAGUCACAUAAAUCUAAUUGAUCUAGCUGGCAGUGAAUGCUGCUCAACAGCUCAGACCACUGGAGAAAGGCUGAAGGAGGGUGUGAGUAUCAAUAAAUCACUGUUAACCCUUGGAAAGGUUAUUUCUGCACUCUCUAAACAAUCUCGAAAUGGAAGGAAAACUUUCAUUCCUUACCGAGAAUCUGUCCUUACUUGGUUGUUAAAGGAAAGUCUUGGUGGAAAUUCACAAACUGCUAUGAUUGCCACAGUAAGUCCAGCUGCCAGCAGUACAGAAGAAACACUCAGCACCCUUCGCUAUGCAAAACAAGCUUGUUCAAUUAUCAACAUCGCUAAAGUAAAUGAAGAUGUGAAUGCCAAGCUAAUCAGAGAAUUGAAAGCUGAAAUUCAAAAACUGAAGGCAGCUCAGAAAAGCGCUCUGAACACUGAUCCUGAAAAAUACAGACGUUAUUUGCAGGAAAUCACAUCUUUGAGGGUAAAAUUGCACCAGCAGGAGAGGGACAUGGCAGAAAUGCAAAGGGCCUGGAAAGAAAAAUUUGAACAAGCAGAAAAAAGAAAAUUAGAAGAUAUAAAAGAAUUGCAGAAAGCAGGAAUUGCAUUCAAAAUGGACAAUCAUUUACCAAACCUUGUCAAUCUGAAUGAAGAUCCUCAGCUUUCUGAGGUGCUGUUGUAUAUGAUCAAAGAAGGAGAAACUACAGUUGGAAGGUAUAUGCCAAAUUCAAAACAUGAUAUCCAGCUUUCCGGAGUGCUAAUUGCUGAUGACCAUUGUGUUAUAAAAAAUACCAUUGGCAAAGUGAGUAUUAUUCCACUUAGAGAAGCAAAGACAUAUGUAAAUGGGAAAUGCAUUUUAGACCCAACAGUUCUGCAUCAUGGUGAUCGAGUGAUCCUUGGGGGAGACCAUUAUUUCAGGUUUAAUCAUCCAGCAGAAGUUCAGAAAGUUAAAAGGCCAUCUUGUGGGACUAUGUUUUUGCACGAUGGUCCAAAAGAUUUUGAAUUUGCAAAGAAUGAACUGCUUAUUGCACAGAGAACACAGCUUGAAUCAGAAAUUGAAGAGGCACGACUCAAAGCCAAGGAAGAAAUGAUGCAAAGUGUCCAAAUUGCAAAAGAGAUGGUUCAGCAAGAACUAACCUCACAAAAAGAAGCUUAUGAAAGCAAAAUAAAAUCACUGGAAGCAGAGGUGAGAGAAGAAUCUCGUAAGAAGCAAAUCCAAGAACUGAAUAACCAAAAAGCUGCAACUAAAAUACAGGAGCUAGAGAAGGCAAAGCAAAAUCUUGAGCUAGAACUACAUUUCAAUAAGAAGCGUUUAGAAAUGGAGACCUUAGCUACCAAGCAGGCUCUAGAAGAUCAUACUAUUCAUCAUGCAAAGAUACUUGAAGCUCUGGAAGCUGAGAAGCAGAAGAUUGCUGAAGAAAUACACACCCUUCAGAAGAAUCGUGGAAGUGGGAAUAAAACUAUGACUGUUCCACUUAACUGGAAUUCUCUGAAACUAUCUGUGAUGAUCAAAGAGGCCAACACCAUUAGCAGUGAAUUAGGGAAAAACACGGUUUUCUACAGGCACGACAAAAUUGAUGAUAAAACAGGAACAGUGUCUUCUGUUCAGGUGCAGGUUCGUAACAUCAAACUGGGAAUAGCAACUUUCUGGAGCCUAGAGAAAUUUGAAUGCAAACUAGCAGCAAUGAAAGAACUCUAUGAGAGUAAGGAUAGCAAUAAAGCUGCUGAUGUAUUUUAUGACCCUGCUGAUGAGUGGGAACCUGACCUUUCAGAUGCAUCAGUUUCCUCUCUUUCCAGAAGAAGAAGCAGAAGUUUCAUGAAGAACAAGAGAAUUUCCGGAUGUUUGUCUGAGAUGAUAAAAUUGCAACAAAUUCAGAAUAUACAGACUUCCUAUGUAUCAGGUUCACAGAAUAAGUCCAGCAUAUGCCCAAGCUUUUCUGAAUCAUUACUUCCUGGAAUUUGCAAAGAAUCUUUAAGUUCAGCUUUAGAUUUACUGGAACGGAAUCACGAAGGAGGAAAGAGCAUAGCAGAUAGUCUCCUAACUAAUUUGUUUAUCAUUUUCUCUGGAGUGUCUGCCAUUUCAAAAGCCUACGAACAGCAAGAUGAAGAAUGUCAAGAAAACUUUUUCUCUCUUGAUCAUGCUGCUCAGUCCUACAGCAUCAGAAUUAUUUCUGCUUUUGACCAGCUCGUGGUUCUAACCAAGCUCUGGCUUAACAAUGUCCAAAAGUGCCCUGGAUCUAUAAAAGCUGAUGAAGAAAUAAAACAGGAAGUAAAGAACUUAGGAGGUUAUUUACAGUUACUAUUGCAGGGUUGUUCUUCAGAUAUAUCCUCUAUGGUAACAGAAGCAUGGCGCAAAAUAAACCAAACGGUAAAACGAACAAUGAAAUACAUAGGGCACUUGGCAGUAGUCACAAGAACUGAUAUUUCAUUUUCUGAAGAGAACAACAUUCCUGCAACUAGUCUACAGGACUUUGUACUUGCUGUUUAUGAUGGAGUAGGCUCAGGGCUGGAGUUUCUCGUUGAUACUGUACAGGAAAAAGCAAGAAUGGUGCAGAAAGAAAUCAUGAAACGAUAUUCACAAAAUGAGAUUCAAAAUCGAAUAAAGGAUAAUGUUGUGGCAUUAGCCAGAUUCCUCGAAAAUAACAUCUCUUAUUGCAGAAAGAAAGAAAUAGAAUGUCAAUUACCAGAAGAAGAAUUUCUGUAUCAGGAAAUAAAGAAAAGCACUAACAUUGCUGUGAAAUAUUUGGAAUUGGAGCAGUGCCUAGCUGAAGUCUGUCAAAUCGUUUCUUCUACAUUACAAGGGUCAUACAGAAACACAAGCACUCUCAGGAGCUUUGCAGAAAAGAUUUGUGUCAUAGCUGGAUAUUUUAACAACUAUUUCAGUUUGUUUGCCUUUUCUUCUGCAAACAAUCCUAUCCAGAAAAUAUCCAUGCCUUUUAUGAACUUGGAUGAAUUGGACUUUCUGGUUGAUUCCCUUAUUAUGAAUUUUGAACUUGAACAAGGACAGCCAUCACUGAAAUCUCAAGCUCUUUGUAAUGAAAUUACUGAGACUCGAGGAGGACAAGUUGAAACAGGUGAAGCUGAAUUUUCGUGGAAAGGGAAGGGGAUUCCAAAAUGCACACACAAACUCCAGUCUUCGCCUCCGUUUCCUGCAGAGCUUUCAUCUGGUAGGAUACAGUGGGUAUAA